UACAAUUCCCGUGGAAUAAUUCGUCCAUUCAGACACUAAUUUAACCUUCAAUUUACUGAAUUUAUUAUCGCCCAUUUUACAUUGAGAUGCAAAUCAAAUGCCUACUACAAGUAGUCUUGGCACUAUCAUUGCACAUUCAUUCCAAAGCACAAGGUGUGAUCGGAGGUCACUCCUGUCUCAGGUCGAGGACUGCAGAUGGCGGACAGACGCGCGUAACGUUUCUACGAGAGGACGCAAGCGGUGUGCGCUCCUUGUACCUCAGCCUGUGGUCCGAGGACACACGACUGGUAACAUGCGAAGUCAAUGCCAAUCCACUCGUCACGGAAACAUAUCGCACCCGUUGCUACAGAAGUGGCACCCAGGGUCAAGAAAUCACCCCGAGGUUUAAUAUCAGUAUGCUGUUGGCUCCGGAUGCUCCCUGCGCGCUCGCCUCCUCCAUUGUGCCAAAGUAUACAAGGCGCACAAGAAGAGAAGUGACAGUGGAGAAAGUUAGGAGGAAACGCGCCUGGAUAUUCCCAGGGACGCUGUGGUGCGGCACUGGAAGCAAAGCGGCUGGAUACGAACAGUUAGGGAUGUUUGAGAGUGCAGAUAGAUGCUGCCGUGAGCACGACCACUGUCUGCAUGUCAUCCUGUCUUUCACGGUGAAUUAUGGGGUCUUCAACUCCAACUUGUUCACCGUCUCACACUGCGACUGUGACCGAAGGUUUCGACAGUGCCUCCUCGGUGUGAAUGAUACCAUUUCCAGCAUGGUGGGCUACAGCUUCUUCAACAUCCUGCGGGUUCCCUGCUUUAAGAUCAAACAGAAGAGGCAAUGCACUGAGAUGUACUGGUGGGGAACGUGCAAAGGAGCCAAAAAGGCUCCCUAUGCCGUCUUCAAAAGCCCUCUCCCUUACACCUCUGAUGUGACAAGCAAACACAGUGACAAGGCUGACAGCAACAUGUUAACAGGUAGCGAGGGGCAGCAUGUGACCGAAAGCUUCGUGAUCAACCCACUCAGAAAGUCACCCAAAGGUAAACACAAAUGUAGCGCCAGAGGAGACACUUUGUACCUCAGAAGGACAAAGGGAAAAGGAUGUAAAAGACACAUGAAACUGUAUACAGCAGAAGCCUCUCAAAUGCCCCCAAUGUCAAGGGCGCACACCACUACUCCUUCAACGAAAAUGGGUCUUUUAAAUGCUUCUAAGAGUAGCGCAUUGACGCUAAAUAAAAAAGGAGUUGGCCAAAAGAAGAGCUCCAGAAAGUCGGCUUACCCCAAACUGAGAAGCCAAGUUCCCCUACAGGUGAUCACAAGCUCGUAUCCACCAUUGACAUCUACAAUCCAAAGCACCCCAUCUUCAACACAGAAGCCAACGGUUCAGCUACACCUACCAAUGUCCACCACAACGGUAACCAACACCGCCAUAAGUGGCAAAAAAGUUCCAAAACAAAGCCACUGUUGUGGAUUCAGGGUGCCUCUGAGAGGUGACACUUUCCAGCCUCAUUGUAAAGGUUGUCUAGAACAAAAAACGAUAUCUCACAAGACAACUGUAACACCCUCAACAACUACAUAUGGAUUACCAUUAAAAGUGACCACAGAUAGGACUCUGAGGCUGAAAAAGACGACAGAACGACCCGGACAAGACUCUUCGAAAAGACUCUGGAGUACAACUACUUCUACAACGGCAGUCACAACUAAACUGAAGAUAGCGGCCUCCGUUCAUAAGGAUGGCAAGCCACAAAAGCAGAUGGAUUCCCCUCUACUACAGAAGCAUACAAGCCAGGAGCCCAUGGGUAGCACCAGAUCACAAAACAGAAAUGCAGAGAGAAGCCUGAAGCUAAAUAUUGCUUUCCAUAAUGUGACAGACAAUCAGCUCCCGUGUGGAAGCCUCAAACAUCUGGAUGAAUGUAAAUACAAAAUCCGUCCUUUGAAGAAGAAGUAUGAUCUGCAGAACAACGAGUCAAAGACCGCUUACCACUGCGACUGCACCAGCCGCCUGGCUGUUCAGAUUGAAAGCUUCAAGCAACCCAGUAUUGUCCCCACGCUACUGAUGGAUUUCGUCUCUCAAUACUGCUUUAAACUGCCAAAGGAGAAAAAAUGCCACCGCAGAAAAAGCUGUUCUGGAGGCUUCACUACAGCCUCUGACCUACUUCAAGCACUUGAGAUGAUGGAGGAAAAAGACGCUGCUGAGGUGCGAAAUUCAGGCAAUGAUAGAAGAAGAGGGAUUCCUGCUCGUCUUUAUAAGCGAUGCCUAAGGCUGGAAAGAGAAGCUGAUGUUAUGGUGCAGCUCACAGGAUUUUAGACUCAUCUUAUAUUUGCAGCAACAAUGAAUUUGUUAAGCGAUAUGUAUUUAAUGUUUCUGUCUGAUGGUGUAAAAUGACAGUGUGUUGGAAAACAUUAAAGGACUCAAAACCUUGAAUAUUGUAAUAUAUUUGUAAGUAUGCGAUGGAUGUACAUUUUAUGUAUUUAUAAAGCACUGUAAUAAAAAAAACUGCAAGCCAUCAGAUUGUGCAU